ACUUGGAGAUGAUAAUUUUUGGGCAAAUGCCGAGACUCGAAUGGAAGAGUGGCACCCGAAGUAUCUUAUUGCAUGGACAUCACUUGACAGUCGAUGAUGACGGCUAUAGCUAGGGGCAUAAGCAGGUCUGUGAUUUGUCACUGGUCGUCAUGGCCACGCAAGGUCAAUGGCAAGGCAUCAGCAUGGCCUCAGGCGGUCCGAGUCGUUUCGUCCAUCGGAUGCAGUCGUGGACUUCUCGGCAUGCGAGAGUACGCGACCUCAGGUCGACACGAGGUGGAGACUGGCUUCAUGGAGGAUGCUGAAGAGGAGAACGAAGACCUGUUUGAGCCUGUGGCGUCUGUCCAAUCACCUCUGUCUGAACAAUUUCGAGCGACAGAUCCUCCAUCGCCGGAUGCACCUCGGAGACCUCGACUGCCGACCUCGCAGAAGAAGCUCAACCGAUUACUGUCUCGGCAUGUCAUGCAUGAUGUCCUCGAAUCAGAGCUCGAGGAGCAAUUCGUCAGAGGCAGAGGACCGGGAGGACAAGCUAUCAACAAGACGAAUUCGGCUGUCCACCUAUUGCACAUUCCUACGGGUAUUCGGGUACACGCUCAGCCCACUCGACUUCGUGGUAAGAAUAGAGAAGCCGCAAGGAAGAUCUUGAGGCAGAAACUGGAUGAUCUACGAGCCAAGGGCUUAUAUCCGCUCCGGGAGGGAGACGAGAUGAAUCUUGCAGAGGAGAUUGUGGUCAAUCCAGAAGAUAGUAAAGCGGAAGAUGGGGUGACUCCUGAAGUUUCUGGACCAACGACUAAGCCUGGCUCCAAGCUCUCCAAAGCUGAACGGAGAGCUGAGGAGAUCGCCCUCUCAUCCGCUUAUUCUCAAAACGAACUUCGAGCUGCUAAGAUCAGAGCUCGAAAGGCGAAAAAGGCCAAGAAGCAGAAGAAGAAGCACAGGGACAAGGCGGGCAAUAGCGAAGAGGACGCAAAGAGUGCAUCGUGACAGGUGUAAUGUAGCACAAAGGGGUAUAG